CCACAGCCUAGACCUUCAAGCCUCCUUCACCAUACACCAUAACUGCAAGAAUUAUCUGCGCAAAUAUAAUCGCACACUGUAAACAAACCUGACAUCCUCUCACCAUACCGUCAGGAUGAACAGAUUAUUCGGCGCAAAGUCGUCGACCCCAAAACCCACCCUCAGUUCCGCCAUAUCCAAUGUACGUUUAACCUUCUCAAUACCCAAAUAUCCUCCCUACUAACCUCACACGUCACUCCCUAGGUCGACGAACGCAUCUCCACCAUCGAUGUCAAACUGGCCUCCCUAAACGCCGAACUAACCUCCUACCAAACCAAACUCUCCAAGAUGCGCGACGGCCCCGGAAAAUCCGCCAUCAAGCAAAAAGCGCUCAAAGUCCUCCAACGUCGCAAAAUGUACGAAGGUCAACGCGACCAACUCCAGCAACAAUCCUACAACAUGGAAUCCGCAGCCCUAAUGCAAGAUAAUCUUCAAAAUGUCAUGACGACCGUGUCGACGCUCAAAACUACAAAUAAAGCCCUCAAGAAACAGUAUGGCAAGAUUGAUAUCGAUCAGAUUGAGAGGAUGCAGGAUGAGAUGGCGGAUUUGAUGGAGGUCGGUAAUGAGAUUCAGGAGAGUAUUAGUCGGAGUUAUGAUUUACCUGAGGAGGUGGAUGAGGCAGAGUUGGAUGCGGAGUUGGAGGCGUUGGGGGAGGAGGCCGAGUUGGAGGGGUUGGGUGGGAUGGCCGAGGGGACGCCGAGUUUUAUGGUGGAUGAGGUGCCGAGUUUUAUUGAUGAGCCGCCGCAGAAGGUGGGUGAGGUUAAGGAGGCUGCUACCUGAGGGACAAUGGAUAUCUGGUUGGCGGGAGGGGUUCCGUGAAAUGUGAUUUGGGGUUUGUGGAGUGAGAAAUAUGAUGGAGAUUGCUUCGCGACCUCGGUAUUUCGUGGUGAUAAUGGCCAGGCUUAUCAGUAGCAUAGGCACUCCUAUUUUCUAUAGGGUUACAAAGGCGUUUUGGAUAGUGUUUAAGAUAGUGUUUAAAAGGUGCACUACGGGUACCAAAGCGAUCAUCGGGGUAUUAUUUGAUAUGAGAACAGUAAACAAG